UGGCACAGACGGACGAGGUAUACAAGUAGACAUUACACCUUACGGACUUUCCUGGCCCAAUCUGACUGCCAUACCGACCUGAAAAUUCGGAGAGUCGAUACCUUCGGUCGAUAAUGCAGAACUUUGGUUCGCAUGGAACGGAAGGUGGGGAUAGCGCCACGGCGAUGGAAGGAGAGCCUCGAUUCGUCACUCGUGUUGUAGCGCUGGUGAAGUGCGUAUGAAUCUUUGUCAGUUGUGUGGGAAUUGGCAAGUGUUGAGUGUGCUGUAGAGUCAUCCAUCGAAGAAGAAACACAGAGUUUCUCUCCAACCAUGGGUGGAUAUGCCUGGGUUACACUGGCUACCAAUGAUGCCUAUUCCUUAGGCGCUUUAGUCUUGGCACACUCUUUGCGUCGAGUAGGUACCAAGCACGAAUUAGCUGUUUUGGUCACUCCUGGGGUAACAGAAACAAUGAGGGAAAAAUUGGCAGCAGUAUUUUCUCUAGUAACGGAAGUAAAUGUACUCGAUUCGAAAGAUGAAGCUAAUUUGGCACUUUUAGCUAGACCAGAAUUGGGUAUUACAUUUACCAAAUUACAUUGUUGGAGACUGACUCUAUAUGACAAAUGUGUCUUUCUUGAUGCAGAUACUCUUGUAAUCAGAAAUUGCGAUGAAUUAUUUGAACGGGAAGAACUGUCUGCUGCCCCUGACGUCGGCUGGCCUGACUGUUUCAAUUCUGGUGUAUUUGUAUACAAACCAUCUCAACAAACUUUUGCUUCUAUCACUGCAUUUGCUGCAAAUAAAGGCUCGUUUGAUGGCGGUGAUCAAGGUUUACUAAACAUGUACUUCAGUGAUUGGGCCCACAAAGAUAUUUCGAAACAUUUACCGUUUAUCUAUAAUAUGUGUUCGACGGCUACCUAUUCCUACCUCCCUGCAUUCAAACAAUUCGGAGACGAUGUUAGAAUAAUACAUUUCAUUGGUAUUACAAAACCAUGGUUACAGUAUUUUGAUACUAUGACUGGUAUUGUUCAACCACCAAUGGAAUCUGCACAUUUACAACCAUUAUUACAAUUAUGGUGGAAUAUAUUUUGUGAAAAAGUGCAUCCUCACUUAUCACCUGUUAUGGCUGGACUUGCCGGUGCCUUGGCUCAAAUAACAUUGGGUGAACCCAGAAGUGCUGAACAAAUUGCAUUAGAAGAACAUAUGCGUAAGCAAAGUUGGGAGCAGGGACAAAUCGAUUAUAUGGGUCUUGAUAGUUUUGACAAUAUCUGGAAGAAAAUCUGUCAAACCCUCUCUCUUGCACCAACGCGACUACCAUCUCCUCCUAAGGAAACGCAAAAGGUGGCGAAAUCAACGACCGAUAAGACAGUUGAAUCUGUUGAGUGUACCGAAUCCGUUGGUUCCGUUCAACCUGCUGAGUCUACAGACGAGGUGGAUAAAGAAACCGGAACAGAGGACAGCAACUAACAGAUCCUGGCGCCAUAGCAUUGCUACGUCUUGUAUUGUCGUUUUGCUUUAAUGGGCUCAAGCAACGAUCAGUCAUACCGAAGAACAAUCUCUAGUUAACAAUGUUCCUAUAACAGACAAUGAUAACAUAGUAUCUAAAUUAUCCGAGAAGGGUGGAGAAUUUAUCAAUACUACAUCAUCUUCCGCUGAAA